AUUAGUUUCUGCCAACAAGUGAGACGUUUAUUAUGAAUAUGUGUUGCCGACGCACUAUGCGACGGUCAAAUUCCGGUCAGAUACAAGACAAAAGGUGUUUCUCCAUUUUUCAUUUGUACAGCCGUGUGUAAACUCGCGGAUACGUCUUAAGUCAGUUGUUAAGAAGGAACUAAAUAGCUGAAAAAAUAUUAUCAGGUGCCGCGAACCGCGUCGUCGGUUAAAGUAGAACGCGUAAGUAUGAUAGGAUAGUACUUUUAUAGCGCUGAAGUUUACUUUUUUUUUCCUUCCUUUACAAGGGACAAAUGUUUCCCUUCGUUGCAUUUAACUGGUGCAUUUCACUGGAAGGUUCCGAAUAUGAAAACAAGAAGUGGUUUAAUCCAAAGUUAUAAUGAAAUGGAUUUUAAUAAACGUGUCUACUCGUUUAUUUUUUCGGAAAAGUGCAUCGAGAGAACAUGUGGAAAGAAAGAAAGGUGGCUGACUGACAAAACUGGAGACGAAAACAACAUGGAGGACAUGCAGUCGAUGUGUGUGUCAUGUAUUAAAGGUGUUCUGCUUGUGAGAUGUUCCAGGAGGAGGCUCCCACCUGGGAAGAGCUGGAGGCCCAUCAUGUUGGCUGCUGCCCCUGUGACCUACUCUCUGAUAAGUGGUAUAAAACAGGCGGAUGUGAAAGUUUCAGUAGGGGACACGUGCUGAACGAAAAUUAAAGGCAAAGUGGAGCUUUCUGAGCUUCGUUUUUGCUCUUAUUUCCUCCUAAUCUGCAUUUUUUGGCCCUUCACUUUUACAUGGUGGUGCAGUUUUAUAUCGAGGUCCUUGGGUCACAUGUGGCGCACCUCUCUUCAGAUGCAAAACACUUUAAUAGCCUGCACAUUAAUGAGUAAUGUUGUUGAGUCAAAGUCCCGCAGUAACUUCUUACAGCUGUUGUAAACCUUGACAAGAUAUAAAGGUUGAGUUGAGCCAAAGCUUCAUUUCCUCGUUGUCACUGGAGGAUGUGGAGGCUCUUGCUGUGGUGUGGACUGGUGGCGCUGGCUGCUGGUAUCCCGCUGUCACCUGCGGUGCACGAGGUCUAUGAGAACGGCGAGGAUGAGAAUCCGAUUCUGAACCUGGGCUCAAAGGAGAACCUGUUUGAAGGAGACAUUUUGGUUCCUAAAGGAAAGAACGCGCUGGUAGACACAAAGUACAGAUGGAAGUUCCCGAUUCCUUACAUCCUGGGUGAUGAUUUGGAUCUGAACGCGAAGGGCUGCGUCCACCAGGCGUUCGAGAUGUACCGGCUCAAGUCUUGCGUUGACUUCAAGCCGUAUGAAGGAGAGAAGACCUACAUCAAGUUCGAGAAGCGAGGCGGGUGCUUCUCGAGCGUUGGCGACCAACAGACGGGUCAGAUUCUGUCUCUGGGCUCAGGCUGCGAUCACAAGGCCGUGAUUGAACACGAGCUGCUCCACGCUUUGGGUUUCUACCACGAGCAGUCGCGCUCCGACAGGGAUGACUACGUCAACAUCUGGCUGGAUCAAGUCACCCCCGGGCUCGAGCACAACUUCAACAAGUAUGAGGACGACUUCAUCACAGACCAAAACACAGCCUACGACUACGAGUCCAUCAUGCACUACAGGCCCUUUUCCUUCAAUAAAAACCAGUCCAUCCCCACCAUCACCACCAAAAUCCCAGAAUUCUACAACAUCAUUGGCCAGUACCUGGACUUCAGUGAGAUGGACACGCUGCGGCUCAAUCGGAUGUACAACUGCUCCAAUUCCCUCACUCUGCUGGACCAAUGUGCCUUUGAGCAAGCCAACAUCUGCGGGAUGAUCCAGUCCGCCACCGACGAUACGGACUGGGUCCACACCAUAGGCAGCGAAGGCGCUGAAGAUCACACGCUCCUGGGGCGAUGCAGAGAUGCUGGUUAUUACAUGUACUUCGACACGGCAAGCGGGGAGGCGCAGGAGUCGGCUCUGCUGGAGUCUAGAACGCUCUACCCGAGGCGGGAGCUCCAGUGUCUGCAGUUCUUCUACAAAAUGACCGGAGCGCCGAAAGACCGGCUGGUGGUGUGGGUCAAGAUGGACGACGGCACUGGCAACGUUCGGCGGAUGAAGAAAAUACACACCAUUUAUGCCGAUUCUGAUCCCACAUGGAAGAUCGCCCACGUCCCUCUGGAGGUGGGCGUCAAGUUCCGCUACGCCUUCCAGGCGGUGCGUGGCGACCCAGCAGCAUCCAAGGGCGGCAUUUUCCUCGACGACAUCAGCCUGACGGAAACCCGCUGCCCCAACGCCGUGUGGAGGAUCCAGAACUUCUCCAAGAUCAUGGAAACCGCCGACGUCGACACCGUCCUUGAUAGCCCUCGAUUUUACAGCCCCGAGGGCUACGGGUACGGCGUCCGAGUCAAGCCCCGCUCAGAGUACACCGACUACACUGGAAACUACGUGGGCCUGUACUUCCACCUGCUCAGCGGGGAGAAUGACGGAGUGAUGCAGUGGCCGGUGCUCAACAGGCAGGCCACUUUGGUAGUGAUGGAUCAAGACCCAGACAUCAAGCUGAGGAUGUCCACUGCCCGCAGCAAAACCACGGACAUGAGCACGGACUCACUUGGAACUCUGUUUUGGGAUGACCCGUCCAAAGUGGGGUCCUUCGACCCGUCCUGUGGGUGCUACAGAGGACAGUCAUGGGGAUGGAGAAACUUUGUCAAGUACUUCGACCUUGGGCGCCGUAAUUACCUGAAGAACGACGACCUCAUCAUUUUUGUUGACUUUGAAGACAUCACGUCCUUGAUCAAAACUGAAGUUCCAGUCAAACCUGCUGAGUAAACCCAGGCUGGGAUUGAAAGGAACUCAAAGCUGAAAAUGAAAGUGUGCAGGUGUUUAUUUUAGAGCGCCAUCUGCAGUGCAAGUGUGUUCUGAAGCCCAGUGUGAGUCACUGUCAUGUGUGUCCUCAAGGUUUUGACAGGGUUUCCUCCUGUGUGAAUGUCUCACAUUGCUUUCUUGUGCUGUAACUUAUAUUCAUUCUGGUGUUGACUAAAGUUCUGUA